CACUCUUCUCCAGCUCUUGGUACAGACAGGUUGUAUCUCUCUAUACUUAUAGUCGUAGUAUUUAUUAUAAGGUUCAUAGCGUAUGUUGUCCAAAGGAUGACUGAAAACUGAAUUGGUGGUCCUUACUCAGACGGCAACCUUUCAGCUGGAGGACGCCAUUUUUAGGAUAUAAAGGUGGGACAACAUGGGCGGGACAAAGGUUCUAAGGGUGGCUGAUGCCCCGUCAAGGCAUUGCAUCCAGAUCGAUUCCCCUGUGCGUUGCUGGUGUGGAGUGUUCUUUGUCAACACAGAAACGAAAUCUAGCCAGUGGGCCGAUACCAGCUCGUUAUGGAGGUUGGCAUACAGUGACAAUAAUACCUGGAGAUGGCAUUGGUCCAGAGCUCAUGCCUCAUGUUAAAGAAGUCUUCAGACAAGCUGGGGCACCAGUUGACUUUGAAGAGUUGAUGCUUAGUGGGGAUAGAGUAGCAGUGGAAGGAGAGGGAGUGGAAGACGCCCUCGUGGCCAUUAAGAGGAAUGGAACAGCACUCAAGGGUAACAUCCACACCCAUGUCAAUCGCCUGGCUGUCUGUAAAUCAAACAAUGUCAGACUGAGGGUGGAGUUGGACCUGUUUGCUAAUGUAGUACAGUGUAAGAGUAUGCCUGGACUAAACACACGGCAUAGUAACAUCGAUAUCGCUAUCAUUAGAGAGAAUACAGAAGGAGAAUACUCUAGCUUGGAACAUGAGAGUGUUGAUGGCGUCGUUGAAAGCCUGAAGAUCAUCACAGCAGAUCGCUCCAAGCGAAUUGCAAAGUAUGCCUUUGACUUUGCAACGCGGCACAACCGAAGCAAAGUCACUGCAAUACACAAGGCAAAUAUUAUGAAGCUUGGAGAUGGUUUGUUCUUAGAAAGCUGCCGAGAGGUGUCUAAGCUUUACCCAAAGAUAGAGUUUGGAGAUAUGAUUGUGGACAACUGCUGCAUGCAGCUGGUGUCCAACCCAACUCAGUUUGAUGUGAUGGUAAUGCCCAAUCUAUACGGAAACAUCAUCAGUAACAUAGGAACAGGUCUUGUCGGGGGACCAGGGAUGGUACCUGGGCAGAAUAUUGGCGAGGACUUUGCCGUGUUUGAAACAGCUACCCGAAACACUGGCAAGACAAUAGCUGGAAAGAACGUAGCCAACCCUAGCGCCAUGCUGCUUGCUGGAUGCUUACUGCUCAGACAUCUGGGUCUGAAUCAACAUGCUGAUCUUAUUCAUUCUGCCGUCAUCAAAACAGUCAUACAAAACAAAGUUCAUACAGCGGAUCUUGGAGGUACAGCAACCACCUCUGAUGUGGUUGAAGGAGUCAUCAGGGAACUUCAGUCUGCUACAUAUUGAGAAAUAUUUAUGCUAUUGAAGUUCAUUUUAAAGGUUUUAAAGAGCGCGUGACAUUUUAGUGCAAUAAUGCUCUAGGAUACUGUAUAGCUUUAGUUGUUAAAUAAUGUUCACAGUGUGUUAACCCUUUGGGAACCAUAGCGGUCACAGUUGGCUUGUUUCUAAAUGACCAUACUGGUCGCAGUAAGUGGAUUGCAUCGUUAUGCCCAUGAGCUUUUGCCCAUUAGCUUUCGAUGUAAUGCCCAUAGCAGUCACGAACAGAGGUAAGAUUUGACUUACUACAACUCAAACGAUAAUAUAAAAUCGGACCAACUUGACAUUCUGAAAUGUUUCCCAACUAGAAUGUGCACAACAAAUAUCUGUUUCUUGAUCAGCUCUGAAAUUGUUCUUGGUCACAGAGCCAAAAAACAAGAUUAGCAAUGUAUAGGCGUUUGGUAAUUAGUCCACAAACAUACAUGGUAUCUAAAGGGUUUAAGUUGUUAGUGUUAAAUUGUGUUAAAGUUCAUAAAUUAUUUCCAGAAAUAGUGCGAAAAGAUUUAAGUAAAGUAAAAAAUGGACUUCCAUUGCCAUCAAAAUUUUUUUUUGAUGUUAACCAGUAGAGACAACAAAGAUAAUUACAUUUUAUUGCACUAAAUUUUGCUUUAAAGGGAAGGUACACAUUUGGUAUUAAAAAAAUUACUCAAAACAAAUAUUAACUUAAAAACU